CAUAGGCCCGCGUGUGUGUGUGCGCGCGCGUGUGUGUGUGUGGACCAUGAGGGGGUGUCAUUAGCAGCACGAGGUGAUGUCAAUCUGUUCUGGACGCGCACGCAGAGGAGACGCACACACCUCCAAACUCUCCAGUCAAAGAAAUCAUGGCAGCAGCAGACCAGAUCCCAGCGCUCCCUCAGUCUUUCGCUCCAAACACAGACAGUGUCUUCUCUGACAUGUCCGGCUUCUUCUCCAUGGACACCAACGUUCCUGGUCUUUCUAAAGUUAUCCUCAACAAACUCAACAUGAAAGAUUAUGGGGAAUAUCGGGCAGCUGUAGAGGGGAAGCCCAAAGGAAUCUCUUUUCGAAACUAUAAAGAGAUGUUCCAAAAGAUGGAGGAGACCUUUAAGUUCUGCACUGGCUGCAAUGCACUCCCAGAGCAUCUGAGCGAGGGCCAGAGCCUCAAACGCUGCAUCAAAUGCCUGAACGUGUAUUACUGCACCAAAGAGUGUCAGAAGAACAACUGGCCAUUGCACAAAAAGGUGUGUAAGACCCUGCGCCUGGUGGCCAUUGACCGACUGGUAGAGUGGCUCGUGUUCCUCGGAAACCUCCCGUUCCCCACUGACAAAUGGACUAAACCCACGAGUGAUGUGAAGACUUGGGAUGACUGGCUCUCCAUGCAGGGCGACCUCAGCGCUCGACUGGACACCAUCUUGGCCAGUCCCAACAUGGAGACGCUGUGGAAGAACGCCAGCCAUCCUCGCCCUGAAGAUGCAGACCUCAGACAGUCCCUAUGGCGCAUCCAGAGUGAAUUUCUGUCCCGAGUUCUCACUGUGGGAAUGGCCAUGCAGCAAUUUAGCUUGGACCCGUACUCCAAACCCUUGACCAUUCACAUCAUAGGAGCAUCCCACAAUGAGACUAUGGGGGCCAAACUGACAGAUUAUGAUGAGCUGAGCCGCAUGUUUCCAGGACACCAGGGCAUCGAGGUGGUGAUGGUGGGGCCCGAGGUGGUGGAUGGGCCCAUAAUGAGGCCCCCUCUGAGGGCGUUCGGGCCCAGGCAGCGAGUCUUCAUGAGUGCGUACAAAGCCCUGUACCAUCAGUUCUGGGAGGAUGUGGUGGAGAAGCAGGAAGCCGCCAGACCAGACCUGGUGGUGGGCUUUCAUCCUGGUUUCCAUGCCAACCAGGGUCUGAUCGAAGGCUGGCUGCCGACUCUGCUGCUCCUCAGAGACUACAACAUCCCGACUUUGUUCACCGUCUUCAAUGAGAAUGAGCUAAAGUACUCCCUGCAGAUCCUGCUGGAGUUGGAGAUGAACAUUCAGGACAGUGGAGCAAACCCUUUUAGUUCUCAGAAACCCGAGCAGGUCCAGGCUUCUCCAAACACAAAGCCGGUCUACUGCAGCUCCCACUACAUCCGCUUCCAAGGUCUGCUGCCUCGAAAGGAGUUUGAGGAACCACAACCAGAAACUUCAUGAAGAACCCUCCACAGUCAGAGUAAAAAAUGGACAAUAUAAGUUUAUAAAUUCUAGAUGAAUGUUGCGAUUGUGUCAGUGCUCCAAAUUCCACGUGUAUGUUACCAGAUCCAAAUCUUAUUAUUAUUAUUAUUAUUUUUUAUGUGUUUACAGUAAUCUGGAUUUAUAACUGAUUAUUUGAAGUCUAGUGCAUACGUUAAGAAUGAAACACAAAUAAAUGAACUUAUUUUUAUUAUA